UCCAGCGACAAUAGCCGCUCCUUCAGUCGCUGCAUAUCCAGGAGGCCGCUCUCGCCUCCAAGACUGCUGCUGUCCUGCUCGGCCUCCUCGUCCGCCAUCUUCGCACCCCGCUCCGUCGCGAAGGUCAUGGAUUACUAUGGAAAGCAUGCAGCCAUCACUUUAGCCAUAUUAUCUGUAUUUCUGAAUAUUCUUCAUGCGUUACCAGAUGGAGAACUCAUCAGACAGGGUUGUACAGAAUGUCAACUAAGACUGAAUACACACAUGACAGGAGUGCUCAACGGGCAGCGUGUUUUCCAGUGUGUAGGAUGUUGUUUCUCAAGAGCUUACCCCACUCCCAUGAGGACAAAGAAAACAAUGCGGGUCCCAAAGAACAUUACAUCAGAAGCAACAUGCUGUGUAGCAAAAGCCUUCACAAGGAUUCCCCUUGACCCUGAGGGCAACACAGCCAUGGAGAAUCACACUCUUUGUCACUGCAGUACUUGCUACUACCAUAAAUCUUAAGACAUCUUCGACUGGACAACAGAUGGAGACAAAGGGAGUUUCAUCUUGUUUGGGUUUUGUAGGAAUACUGCAUACAUACUAUUAGUUUCUGAAUGAUGAAAAGUUCCAUCCAGCAUCUAUGGAAUACCUUGUUCUUUUAUUUCUUCUUUAUUUUCCACAUAUUGAGCUUGGCUAAGUAUGUGUCACUAUUUCUUCUAGGGUCCAAAUAUAGAAUUCUGCAUGAUAAAAA